AUGUUUAGAAAAGCUGUCACCAUUUUGGUCGCAUGCCUUGCUAUUACCACAGGCAUUGUUUGGUAUGGUGUAUAUUUGCCUCUGUCUGCAAAAAUUGAGGAUCCUGGUUCAAAGGUUUUGCCAUUCAUACUACAAUUUGUAGAGCUAUUAAGCCACUCUGGAAACAAGCUUGGUAUUGGAACCAGAGCCGAAAUCCUUCGAACUACGUUUGCUUGGCUCGAUUGGAUAGACCUUGGACAAGGAGAAUCGAAAAAGGGCAUCAAUAUAACAGACUCGACCAUUGCCGGUGUUCCCGUGACAAUAUUCCGUCCCGAUGAGACUGCGACCCCAACCUCCCCUGGACUUAUAUAUUUUCACGGUGGUGGUUUGGCAUUUGGAAGUCGGAAGUACAAAACAUAUAUGACGACUUGUAUAAUGCUUGCUAAUAGAACGAAAUCAGUUGUAAUUGCGGUGGAUUAUAGAUUAGCCCCAGAGAACACUUUCCCUGCACAUUUUAACGAUGCUUUUGAUGUGGUGUCUGCAGUGAUGACGGAGCAAUCAAAAUUUGGUGUUGACGGUAACAUGAUUGCCGUUAUUGGUGACAGUGCAGGCGGUCUGCUGUCUGCAGCUCUUUCGCUUGAAUUUGCAAAGCUUGCAAGCCCAAGUAAAAUUGCUGCACAAGUGUUGAUUAACCCGUGGUUACAAACAAUUGAUACGGUAUGCUUGCCAUCGUACAAGGCAUAUAGAGAGGGUUUUGCAUUGUCUGAUAAAACCAUGGCUUUUUACGCAUCAGCGGCUACCGUGGGUAGCCAGAAUAUGGUGCCAGAAUAUCUAGUCGGCAACGUCUCACGAUACUUCAUGCAAACUCCAUAUUGGAAAUACGUAGCCAAACUUUCCAACUGUGAAAUACCAACCGAAAAGUCGAAAGUUAACCUCCCAUCAAAUUUUGUCGAGAAAGUCACCGACCCACGGCUAUCCCCCCUCCUGGCCGAGGACCUGAGUGGGUCACCUCCAACCUUUCUUGCUAUUGCCGAGUAUGACGUCCUGGCAAGCGAGGGCACCCUGUUUGCAAAACGAAUUAAAGAGGCUGGUGUGACUGUUGUUGAGAAACGGUACAAGACAUAUCAUGCUUUCGUGCAAAAUAUUGGGUUGCCUAUUGGGAACGACACUUUUGCAAAAAUGGCUGUGAAUGACAUAGUCAAUUUUCUUAACUCUGUGUACUAUAAUAAUAAUGUUUAA